AUGCUGCAUAUUCUCGUGCGCUACAGGGUUGCUUUGCCUGACCUAUUCACGGAGGGCCACUCUAUCCCGGUCUGCUACAGGGGUGCUUUGACUGAUUUAUUCAGGAAGGGCCAUUCCGUGGUGGCAGAGGGGUUUCUGCGGUCGCUCAGCCAUGCCGACACCGCUGCCUUCUUGGAUGCGCCACCUCAUGGGUGCCCUGCCAGAUCUGUUCAGGGAGGGCCACUCUGUGGUGGUGGCGGCGGGGUUUCUGCGGCCGCUCAGCCAAGCCACCACCCCUGCUUUCUUGGAUGCGCCACCAGCCCUUUUUUCUUCCUUCCCCCCUUCCUGACUCCAGAUUUUGGUCCGGUUCAGGGGUGCCCUGCCAGAUCUGUUCAGGGAGGGCCAUUCAGUGGUGGCGGAGGGCUUUCUGCGGCCUCUCAGCCAAGCCACCACCGCUGCUUCCUGCACUGUCACACCUCUUCCCAUCUUCCUUUCUCCCCCCAACCCACCCCUCCCCCGUUACGCCAGAUUUUGGUCCGGUUCAGGGGUGCUCUGCCUGAUCUGUUCAGGGAGGGCCAUUCAGUGGUGGCGGAGGGCUUCCUGCGCCCCCUGAGCGAAGCCAACACCGCUGCCUUCACUGGCAGCAGCAUCGCCAGUGCCAGCAGCAGCAGUGGAUUUUCUGGGAGAGGGGCGACUGUAUUAGGGGUUGCAGAGGCGGAGGGUGCUGUAGUGGAGAGGGGGAUUGGGGAGGGGGGAGCGAGAGGGGAGGGUGGGGGUGUGGGGGAGAAGGGGGUGGGGGAGUGGGAGGAGGGGGAGGAUGUGAGUGCGAGUGCGCGGAGUGUGGGGUACUUCUUUGCUGCGACUGAAGUGCUGGCAAAGCAUGAUGAGAAAUACAUGCCCAAGGAGGUGGCAGCAGCUCUGGAGAAGAACAGAGCAGCAAUUGAGGCAGCAGGGGAAGGUGACGACACGAGUGAUGGGGAGGGGGAAGGGAAGGACGACGGGGAAAGAAGUGUGGGGGAGGCACAAAAAGGAAAGAAGUCAUCGGUUGGAAGUGGUGGUGGUGCUGCUGGUAGUGCUGCGCUUGGGAUGGGGGAUGGUGCGAAGAAGCCUGGGAAGCUGAGCAAGCUUGGACAAUCACCUAGUGUUGCUCAGGGAUAUGACAUUCCUUCCUAA